GGCACUAUGUCUCUGCUUAACCCUGUCCUGCAACCCCCCGGGGUGAAGGCCUAUCUGAGCCAAGGGGAGCGCUUCAUCAGAUGGGAUGAUGAAACAAUAGCCUCCCCGGUUAUCCUCCGUGUGGAUCCCAAGGGCUACUACUUGUACUGGACAUAUCAGAAUAAGGAGAUGGAGUUUCUGGAUAUCACCAGCAUCCGGGACACACGCUUUGGGAAGUUUGCCAAGAUGCCCAAGAGCCAGAAGCUCCGGGAUGUCUUUAACAUGGACUUUCCUGACAACAACUUCCUGCUGAAGACGCUCACCGUGGUGUCUGGCCCCGACAUGGUGGACCUCACCUUCCAUAACUUCGUCUCCUACAAAGAGAACGUGGGCAAGGACUGGGCUGAAGAUGUCCUGGCUCUGGCCAAGCACCCGCUGAUGGCCAAUGCCUCCCGCAGCACCUUCCUGGACAAGAGCCUGGUGAAACUCAAGAUGCAGCUCAACCCCGAAGGAAAGAUUCCUGUGAAGAAUUUUUUCCAGAUGUUUCCUGCUGACCGCAAGCGGGUGGAAGCUGCCCUCAGCGCCUGCCACCUCCCAAAAGGCAAGAAUGAUGCCAUCAAUCCCGAGGACUUCCCAGAAUCCGUCUACAAGAGUUUCCUCAUGAGCCUUUGUCCUCGGCCAGAAAUAGAUGAGAUCUUCACUUCCUACCAUGCCAAGGCCAAACCCUACAUGACUAAGGAGCACCUGGCCAAAUUCAUCAACCAGAAACAGCGCGACUCCAGGCUCAACUCCCUGCUGUUCCCGCUUGCGCGGCCUGACCAGGUGCAGGGCCUCAUCGACAAGUACGAGCCCAGAGGCAUCAACGUGCAGAGGGGCCAGCUGUCCCCCGAGGGCAUGGUAUGGUUCCUCUGCGGACCAGAGAACAGCGUGCUGGCCCAGGACAAGCUGCUGCUGCACCACGACAUGACGCAGCCGCUCAACCAUUACUUCAUCAACUCCUCCCACAACACCUACCUGACAGCCGGCCAGUUCUCAGGCCUUUCCUCUGCCGAGAUGUACCGCCAGGUGCUGCUGGCGGGCUGCCGCUGCGUGGAGCUGGACUGCUGGAAGGGGAAGCCCCCUGACGAGGAGCCCAUCAUCACCCACGGCUUCACCAUGACCACAGACAUCUAUUUCAAGGAAGCAAUUGAAGCUAUUGCAGAAAGUGCCUUUAAGACCUCCCCUUAUCCGGUCAUCCUGUCGUUUGAAAACCACGUGGACUCACCCCGCCAACAGGCUAAGAUGGCCGAGUACUGCCGAACGAUAUUUGGGGAUAUGCUGCUCACAGAGCCACUGGAAAAGUUUCCACUGAAACCAGGCAUCCCCCUGCCCAGCCCUGAGGAUCUCCGAGGCAAGAUCCUCAUCAAGAACAAGAAGAAGCAGUUUUCUGGUCCCCCAGCCCCCAGCCAGGAGCCGGGUGGGGAGGCUGAGGGGAGCGGCCCACCCAAUGUCCCUGUGGGUGAGGACACAGUGUGGGCUGGUGAGGAAGGGGCCGAGCUGGAGGAGGAGGAGGUGGAAGAGGAAGAGGAGGAGUCGGGAAGCCUGGAUGAAGAAGGGAUGAAGGAGAUGCAGUCAGAUGAGGGCACAGCGGGCCUGGAGGUGACGGCUUACAAGGAGAUGUCCAGCCUAGUCAACUACGUCCAACCCACCAAGUUCAUCUCCUUCGAGUCCUCUGCCCAGAAGAACCGAAGUUAUGUCAUUUCCUCCUUCACGGAGCUCAAGGCUUACGACCUGCUCUCCAAGUCCUCAGUGCAGUUUGUGGACUACAACAAGCGCCAGAUGAGCCGCAUCUACCCCAAGGGCACCCGCAUGGACUCCUCCAACUACAUGCCCCAGAUGUUCUGGAAUGCUGGUUGCCAGAUGGUUGCCCUCAACUUCCAGACGAUGGACCUGCCCAUGCAGCAGAACAUGGCGCUCUUUGAGUUCAAUGGGCAGAGUGGCUACCUCCUCAAGCACGAGUUCAUGCGUCGGUUAGACAAGCAGUUCAACCCCUUCUCGGUGGACCGCAUCGACGUGGUGGUAGCCACCACCCUUUCCAUUACGGUGAUCUCUGGGCAGUUCCUGUCAGAACGCAGCGUGCGCACCUAUGUGGAAGUGGAGCUGUUUGGCCUUCCUGGGGACUCCAAGAGGCGCUAUCGCACCAAGCUGUCACCCAGUACCAAUUCCAUCAAUCCUGUCUGGAAGGAGGAGCCCUUUGUCUUUGAAAAGAUCUUGAUGCCUGAGCUGGCCUCCCUCAGGGUGGCUGUGAUGGAGGACGGCAACAAGUUUCUUGGACACCGCAUAAUCCCCAUCAAUGCCCUGAAUUCUGGAUACCACCAUCUGUGCCUGCACAGCGAGAGCAACAUGCCGCUCACCAUGCCUGCACUCUUUGUCUUCCUGGAGAUGAAGGACUAUGUACCUGACACCUGGGCAGAUCUCACGGUGGCCCUCGCCAAUCCCAUCAAGUUCUUCAGUGCCCAUGAUAAGAAGUCUGUGAAGCUCAAGGAAGCCAUGGGAGGCCUGCCUGAGAAUCCCUUCCCUCUCGGGAGUCCAGUUGCCUGCCAGGUCAAUGCGGCAUCAGCUCCAACGAGCAACGGGUCAGCAGCAGCCGGGGCCAAGGCCAGGGAGGAGGCCACGAAAGAAGCUGCGGAGCCGCGGACCGCCAGCGUGGAGGAGCUGCGGGAGCUGAAGGGCGUCGUGAAGCUGCAGCGGCGGCACGAGAAGGAGCUGCGGGAGCUGGAGCGGCGCGGCGCGCGGCGCUGGGAGGAGCUGCUGCAGAGGGGCGCAGCGCAGCGGGCCGAGCUCCGGCCGCCGGGCGCUGGGGGCGGCGGCGACGUCCGGGGCCGCAAGCUCGGCCCGGGGAAAGGCUCCCGCAAAAAGAGGACCCCGCCGGGCGAGGACCCCGCCGGGGCGGUGCCGGCCGAAGGCCCCGAGGGCGCGGGCGCGCGUCUGCGAGAGCUGAGGGACAGGCUGGAGCUGGAGCUGCUGCAGCAGGGCGAGGAGCAGUGCGAGUGUGUCCUGAGGUGCAGGGCGCAGCAAGUGGCCGAGCAAAUGACCAAGAUGAUGGAGCUGGCCAGAGAGAAACAGGCUGCAGAGCUGAAGAUCCUCAAGGAGACUUUGGAGACUGACACCAAGGAGGUGAAGAAAAAGCUGGAGGCCAAGAGGCUGGAUCGGAUCCAGGCCAUGAUGAAGGUCACCACAGACAAGAUGGCUCAGGAGAGGUUGAAGAGAGAGAUUAACAACUCCCAUAUCCAGGAGGUGGUGCAGGUCAUCAAGCAGAUGACGGAGAACCUGGAGAAUCACCAGGAGAAGCUGGAAGAGAAGCAGGCAGCCUGCCUGGAACAGAUCCGGGAGAUGGAAAAGCAGUUCCAGCAGGAGGCGCUGGCACAGUACGAGGCCAAGAUGAAGGGCCUGGAGGUGGAAGUGAAGGAGUCGGUGAGGACCUACCUCAGGGCCUGCUUGCCCUCUGUGGAGGAGGACAAGCCUGAGAGGCCCUGCAGGGUCUCCAGAGAGCUGUGUGAGCAGGAUGCACUCACAGAGAAGACAGAUGCCCAGGAGAGCCUCCUCCGAUGCCCCCAUGCCCUUGGGAUGUUCUGCAAAGACAUUCACCCUUCUCUGGGACCUCUCUGGAUCUCCCAGCCACGUGCCACCAGGCCCAACCCUGCUGAGCUGGUGCAACGUGACAGGCGGGGAGGCGGCGCCGAGGAGUUGCUAACGGGGCUGCAGUACUCCCGGAUCUUAAGGCGCCCGCUCCAGUCGCCGCGUCUCCGCACCGCCAGCUUCUCAGCCGCCGGGAGCUGGCAGGCGGGCGCGUUGUCUCGGAUGGAGACGUCCGAGAUACGAGCGCGCACUCCCCCACCGCCACCCCCGCGCCGAAUCAGCGUGUGCGGGAGGAACAAUUGUGUGUGCGUGCGUGAUUCGCUACACUUCCAGUGGCGGUUCCCAGCCAGACUGAGAGCCCCCAACCCCGCGCAGCGUAGCUGCACCGAUGGGGGCAGCCCUCGUCUUUUUCGACGGGCUCAGGGUCCCGCCAGUUUCUAUGGAGCCCCGGGCACCGACUCCGGUGGGGGCGGAGGGUGGGGAGAGAAGACUGUGACUUUGGGAUUGGCCCGGUCGGGUGCAUGUGGCCCCCUGCGAGCAGCCCCCGCCCCGUCCCCGCUGCCGCAGCCCCAGGGAAGCGCGGAGGAGAAGCUGCUCCCCGACGUCGUGGCCCACCGAGAGGUGGGUGAAGGUCAGGGGCGGUCUCCGCCGCCCCGUCAGUUUCGGCCCUGA